ACACAUUGGAGAGCUGAGAUGAAGGAGUGUUUUGUGUGUGUGUGAGGCGAGGCUUGUGAUUGGCUGAGCCCGGCGAGAUGCACCAACAGCCAAAAGAAGACGGGAACAGAGGAGGAGAGGAGGGCUGCAGAGAAUACAAAGAGCAAGUGUGUGAGAGCGAGAGAGAGUGUGUGUUCUCGCUAAUGUUUCUGUGUGUGUGAGGCUUCCAGAGGUGUGUGUGAGUGCAGCAGCGAACAGAAAGCCAGGAGGAGGAGGAGGAAACCUGAUCCCUCUCCCCGUCUGCCCGUGUGGAGCUGCUCCCAUCGUCCUCAGCAUCGCUGCUAGCUUAGCCCGGCCCGCUUUCAGCUCACUUUGGACCCCCGGCGUGGUGGGGAUCUCCAGGAUGGAGCGGUUCCUGGCCCUACUGCGCCUCCUGAGCAGGAGGAGGCGGGGGAGAAGGUACCGGGCGGACGACGACUACCAGGAGGGCUACGAAGACGUUUACUACUACACCAGCAAGUACAACACACACCUUCUGAAUGAAGGGCCGUACACGAAGCACUCGGCUGGAUCGCGACCUCCAGAUGGAGCGCUGGCCAUCAGGAGGCAGAGCAUACCAGAUGAGUUUCGGGGAUGCACGGUAGUAGAGCUGAUGAAGAAGGAGGGAACGACGCUCGGACUCACCGUUUCAGGAGGGAUUGACAAAGACGGGAAGCCUCGGGUUUCUAACCUGCGACAGGGAGGGAUUGCUGCCAGGAGCGACCAGCUGAACGUGGGCGACUACAUCCGCGCCGUUAACGGCAUCAACCUGGCCAAGUUCAGGCACGACGAGAUCAUCAGCCUGCUGAAGAACGUCGGGGAGCGAGUGGUGCUGGAGGUGGAGUACGAGCUGCCGCCCGUCUCCGUGCAGGGGUCAGGGGUCAUUUUUAAGAACCUGGAAGUGACGCUUCACAAAGAAGGAAACAGCUUCGGCUUCGUCAUCAGAGGUGGGACACAUGAGGACCGCAACAAGACCCGCCCCAUCGUCAUAACGACCAUCAGGCCGGGCGGACCAGCCGAGAGAGAGGGGACCAUCAAGCCCGGCGACCGGUUGCUAAGCAUAGAUGGGAUUCGUCUCCAUGGCAGCACGCUGUCAGAGGCUAUGAGCAUCCUGAAGCAGUGCGGCCAGGAGGCCACUCUGCUGAUAGAUUAUGACGUGUCCGUGAUGGAUUCCGUUGCCACGGCGUCGGGGCCACUGCUGGUUGAGGUUGCCAAGGCGGCAGGAUCCAGCCUGGGCGUGGCUCUGUCCACCUCCAUGUUCUGCGGCAAGCAGGUCAUCAUCAUUGACAAGGUCAAACCAGCCAGUAUAGCAGACAGGUGUGGAGCUCUCCAUGCAGGAGAUCACAUCCUGUCUGUUGAUGGGAAGUCGAUGGAGUUUUGUUCUCUGGCUGAAGCCACUCAGCUGCUCUCUGCUUCCUGUCAAACCGUCCGCAUGGAGAUCCUGCCACAACACCAGGCGCGACCGGCCCUGAACGCACCGCAGCACGUCAAGGUCCAGCGUAGUCCCCGCCCCCUUCCCUGGGAAACCGGAGGCUCCGCCCCCAUCCUCCCUCCCUACCACUACAACACCUACCACCCUGACCAAUCAGGCGCCAGAUCCCACAACCGCCAUACAAACAACCCCUGUACGUCUUUUCUCCUUGUUUUUGUUUUUGUUUUGAGUAAGAGAGCGUCUCUCAUGUCCUCCGUCUCUCUGAUGUCCUCUCAUGUCCUCCGUCUCCAUCUCUCUGCAGCUCUCGGCCAUUCGUUUUCUCCCGGCUCCAUGUCAGCCUACAGUCUCUCCUCCCUCAAUAUGAGCACACUGCCCAGGAACAUGUAUCCCACGAGUCCUCGCAGCACGAUGAUGAGGAGGAAGGCCAAGAAGAAGGACUUCAAGAGUUCCUUGUCCUUGGCAUCCAGCACCGUCGGCCUCGCCGGUCAGGUGGUCCACACAGAAACUACAGAGGUGACGUUGCUAGGCGACGGCAUCAUGGGGUUUGGCCUGCAGCUUCAAGGUGGAGUUUUUGCCACGGAAACUUUGUCGUCACCUCCUCUCAUCGCCUACAUCGACCCAGACAGCCCCGCUGAGAGGUGUGGCAUCUUGCAGAUCGGGGACAGGAUCCUGUCCAUAAACGGCGUACCGACUGAAGACUCGACCUUGGAGGAAACCAACCAGCUGCUCAGAGACUCGUCCAUCACGGCGCAGCUCACGCUGGAGAUCGAGUUCGAUGUGGCAGAGUCCGUCAUCCCCAGUUCAGGGACGUUCCAUGUGAAGCUCCCAAAGAAACCAGGAGUGGAGCUGGGAAUCACCAUCAGCUCUCCGUCCAACAGGAAACCAGGUGACCCCCUGAUCAUCUCUGACAUCAAGAAAGGCAGCGUCGCUCACAGGACAGGAACGUUGGAGCUGGGAGACAAACUGCUGGCCAUCGACAACAUCCGGGUGGAGAACUGCUCCAUGGAGGAGGCCGUUCAGAUCCUCCAGCAGUGCGAGGAACUCGUCAAAUUGAAGAUCCGCAAAGACGAAGACAACUCAGAUGAGCAGGAAGUUUCCGGCAGCAUCAUCUACACAGUAGAGCUGCAGAGGUACGGAGGUCCAUUAGGAAUCACCAUCUCAGGCACCGAGGAGCCCUUCGACCCCAUCAUCAUCUCCUCUCUGAGCAAAGGAGGGCUGGCUGAGAGGACGGGAGCGAUCCAUGUUGGCGACCGUAUCCUGGCGAUCAACAGCAGCAGCCUGAAGGGGAAACCUCUGAGCGAAGCCAUCAGUCUGCUGCAGCAGGCGGGAGAAACGGUCACUCUGAAGAUCAAGAAGCAGGGAGAGCUGUCAAGCCCAAAGUCCUGUGUGAUUGGGCCAGGGCUGGGGGCGGGGCUUAACCUGGAGAGCCAGGAUGGGGAGGAGGAGCCUGUCAUCACUGUGUUGCCUCCGUCCAAUCAAAGAGCGUUCAGCACGCUGCCGUCUGUGGACAGCGCCGUGGACUCCUGGGACGGAUCCAACAUGGACAGCAGCUUCACCACCGCGGCGCCGCCGUUCCAGUCGUCACCUUACAGCUUCCAUGAGUGGCGGGGAGUCAACUCAAACAACAGCCAAUCGUCUGCCCGGCAGAGAGCCAAUCCGCUGUCAGAUCUGGGGCUGAGUGACGACGACUGGGACCGCCCACCGCUGGGAGGCGCCUCUAAUCUGCCCAGCGGAUUAAUCACUGACAGCAGGUUCACUGUGGGUCACGACGGCACUGAACCCGACCAGGAGGAGAACUUCUGGUCUCAGGCGCUGGAGGAUUUAGAGACCUGUGGUCAAAGCGGCAUCCUUCGAGAGCUUGAGGAUUCUGGAAAGAAGACCCACCUCCUCACGCUGGCCACCAUCAUGUCCGGUUCCACGCUCAGUCUGAACCAUGACCCCACCCCUCUGCGCAGCACCCUUGGUCGUCAGUCAAGCUUCCAGGAGCGAAAUAGAUCCAAACCCCAGGUCAACCCUCGCUCCAACACCUUACCCUCCGACCCCCAGCGCAGAGCCUUUGCCAUGAAAAAGAUGAGGCAAGAAGUGAACGACAUCCUAAACCAGAACCCUGUAGAACUCCAUAAGCUCACUUUGGAGAAGGCCUCAGAACUGGAGGACUUUGGAUUCAGUGUUUCUGAUGGGCUGUUGGAUCGUGGAGUUUAUGUAAACAACAUUCGACCGGGUGGCCCGGCGGAGCGGGGCGGCCUCCGUGCCUAUGACCGAAUACUACAGAUCAACCACGUCCGGACCAGAGACUUUGAUUGCUGCCUCAUUGUUCCGCUCAUCGCUGAAUCUCCAGACCGGUUGGAACUGGUCAUCAGCCGAAACCCCUCCUCCUCCAACUCCGCCCCGCUGGCCAACCACAAUGACGGCCUCACCAACAGCAGGCACUCCCCUCAGCCAAUCAGCAGCGAGGUGGGACCCUCAGAGGUGUCUGCCGAACACGCAGAAGACUGUGGUCCCAUCAAGUGGAACCAGCCUGGAGACGUGUUGGGGGUUGGGCAGGUCACCAAUAGCUCCUUAUAGCAGACUAGAACUGGAUCAAUCUGGAAUCAGCCGCUUAUGACCAGAACGGACCGGCUGGGUCAGCGGGGAAGCCAGUAAAGGAUCGUUGACAUCAAACUGGUUAAACUGGGUCAAAGUGGACUUCUCGUGGUGCUACACACACCCUCCGGAUGAACGUCGGCCUUUGACCACUUUAGUUUGACCCUUGGAACUGCUGAAGCAGCCUAAAAGCACACAACUGGACUGGAAAACCCUCCAACACCUUCAACCUGACCAGUUCUAGAUAAUCGGUCAACUGGAGCUGAAUUUACAACAACUGGAAUCACAGCUGGAGCUACUGGUAUAAAUGGUUUUGCUAAGGCCAUGGCCAGAAGUUCUGCUGAAGCCACGGACACAGAACAAAGUUCUGGGGUUCCACUAAAACCAGCACCACAUCUGAUGGUUCUACUAUCCUGGACAGUGGUUCUUGUUUGGAGAAGCUCAGCUCUGGGACCUGAUGUCCCGCUGCAGCUACAGCUACUCCAUGGAAAUAGAUGCUAGUUCUGGUCUUGAUGGUGGAAGAAUCACGUCAAAGCCAGAACCUGGACCAGUGGUCUUACCUGGAUUCUGGUUCUUCACAGAGCCUCAGGUACUGGUCUUACUGGUCCAUCGAUGCGUUUUUAUCCCAAGCCUUAGCCACGAUUAACAAUCUGGUUCUAGCUGUGGUGUUUGUGGAUACCCAAGCAGAGAUGUGGUCAGUACUUCAUGGCUUCUGGUUCCAGUAUGACAGCAGCACACCAGUGCAGGGUUCACGUUCUGAACCCAGAACCCAACAAUAGAUGGAAAGAUUCCCAUGGAAACUAGGGAUGCUCCAAUCCGAGUGUCUAGGUCUGAUUUUUUGCUUAAACACAAGCUGAAGUAAAGAGGAUCAGUAGAAAGUUUCAUUCUGUUAUUAAUCUAUAAACAAAUGGCACUUUGAUUAUUUCAGCCUCAGCUUUAAUGAUCCACAGGCUGGAAUCACUGAUUUAAAUAGGACUAUAUCACUGCUGCUAGCCUGAACUUUAGCUUGAAGCAUUAUGAUGAUGCGGCUCUUCAAAAUAACCUAAACCUUGAUGAAUGUGACCUUUUAGACACUGUUUAACAUUCUGAUGAGCAUUCGCUGUGAGAUAAACCCAAAGGAGUCAGAAUCUGGUAUUAAGAAAAUGUAAUAGAGCUUAUUUUUACCCCUUUUAUAAGGAGGUUCUCCAUAGUUUCAUAAACUACAGAGAACCUGGACCCAAAAGGAUUGAUUUACACCCUGAAAACGCAGCAUCAAUCAGCAUUCAGACAGGGUUGUCAUCAAAAUUCACCGAAAUUGGUCAAAAAGAAGGUCCUCUGUGUUUAGCCCUCAAAAAGUUUCUAUAUAUAUAUAAAAAUCCAUAAUCAGUCGGAAUCAGCAGCACUUUUACUCCAGUUUUUGGGUUGAUGAGGAGCAGUUAGGUAAGCGGAUGGUCGAAUGCAAAAUGCAGAUUCUCUAUUUUAACAAAACACAAUUCAAAGUUUUAUAUUUUGAAUAGAAACGAA